AUGCCAUGUGCGUUUUAGGUUAUGUCUAACUUUGGUGUGUUUUUCUGAAAUUUAUUAAUUAAUUUGGUGUUUUUAAACUUGUUUAAGAACGAAAGUAAUCAUGACAGAAGAAAAUGACGUUGAAAUGGAGCCCUGUAGCUCCGAAAAGAAAACAGAAACAACGAGGAAAGUUUAUUUGCCUACGCAACCACUGGAAGAAGGAGAGGAACUUGUGUGUGAUCCGUCUGCUUACAAGAUGUUGCACACUUUUGAAACCAGUUCACCUUGUCUGAGUUUUGAUAUCCUGAGGGAUAAAUUAGGUGAAAAUCGAGACGCAUUCCCUAGAACUGCUUACGUUGUAGCAGGGACACAAGCAGACCAAGCCAAGAAAAAUAAAAUUUUUGUCAUCAAGCUUUCAAAUUUACACAAAACUCAACAUGAUAAACCGGUCGAUGACGAUGAAAGUAGCAGUAGCGAGAGUGAAGAUGAAGAAGAGGAUGGCUCAAAAGAUGGAAAAAUGGACUUCUCCUAUGUUGCUCACAUUGGUUGCAUCAAUAGAAUAAGGAGUUUUUCAAAUGGUGAUAAGAAUUAUGCUGCAGUUUGGUCUGAAAGAGGUAUGGUUGAAAUCUACAAUCUACAUAAAUUAAUAAAUGCUGUCGAAAAACCGACUGCCUUGAAAGAUGGCACCAAAAAGGAUUUAAAUGCAUUUUUCUCUUUCAAUGGUCAUCAAAGUGAAGGGUUUGCCAUGGACUGGAGUCCCCAAACACCAGGUCAACUAGCCACCGGUGACUGUCACAGGAACAUUCAUGUGUGGAAGCCUAGAGAAGCAUCAUGGCAUGUAGAUCAAAGACCAUUGAAUGCUCACAGAGAAUCGGUUGAGGAUUUGCAGUGGUCUCCAACUGAAAAAGAAGUUCUUGCAUCCUGCUCCGUGGACAAAAGCAUACGGAUUUGGGAUACAAGGAAGUACGGAGCCAAAGCAAAUGUCAUAACUGUGGAAAAUGCUCACACUAGUGAUAUUAAUGUAAUUAGUUGGAAUCGCAAAGAGCCUUUUAUUGUAUCUGGUGGAGAUGAUGGAUUUGUUCAUGUGUGGGAUCUUAGGAAUCUAAAGACUGGUGGAGCAAUAGCAACAUUUAAACAUCAUAAGCAGCCAAUAACAACAGUUGAAUGGCAUCCAACUGAGGAAAGUGUGUUUGCUGUGGGUGGUGCUGAUGAUCAACUCACUAUUUGGGAUUUAUCAGUGGAGCAAGAUGCAGAGCAAGCAGAACUUGAUGACCUGAAAGAUAUACCUCCCCAGUUAAUGUUCAUUCAUCAAGGUCAGAAUGACAUCAAAGAGCUUCACUGGCACCCUCAAAUACCUGGCACAUUGAUCAGCACUGCCAAUUCAGGGUUCAACAUUUUCCAAACUAUCAAUGUGUAAAUCAGUCUUAAAAACAAUAAAAAAUUCAAAAAAAAAGACCUUCAGCU